CAGUACCCAAAACGCAUUCGCGGGGUCUGGGUGGCCUUGGCAUACGCAGUGGACCUUUGGCGCCGAGACGUAAGAUCGGAUUUGCAACACUCGUCGGAUAGCAGUACUACAUCUUCGGUGGGCCGCGCAAAUUCACUUUCCACAGAAACGACCACUACGACGUCAUCGCUAGCAAGUACUAGCUCCGCGCAAACACUCGACGGAACAAGAACCGCAACUCCAACGACCUCGACUUCAAUUCCGAAAACAAAGCAUCCCGAGCGCGAGAUUCCGAUAGCCAAGCUGCUCAUCGUCAUUCCUCGCGCGUACAACUGGAUGGAAUCGUAC